UGAUAAAAGGAAUUACGACCGCCAUUAUGAUUUUUAACAUACGUAAAAUGUUUUGGAUAGGGAUUCUUUUUCUUCCAGUUGCAGUGGAGGCAUUUCUAUUUUCGUCUGGUUGUAGCCAUGACUCCGACUGUUCAAAUAUCCCAUGUUCCGAAGUCGAACACCAUCGCUGUGUUAAUAGCAACUGUAUUUGUGAAAAAAGAAUCGGGUACUGUACUAGAGAUUCUGACUGUAAUAUAGGAGUUUGUGGAUCAGAAAAACCUCAAGUAUGUCAUGCUGCCAACAACAAAUGUGGAUGUCCACAUGAACCACAUGACCAUGUUAGUUGUAGCAGCGAUGCAAGCUGCAGUGAUACACAUUGUGGGCACGACCACCACAAACCUAAAAUAUGCCAUAGUGGGAAGUGUAUCUGUUUGUCUGACGUGGAAUAUCCCCAUUCUUCAUGUCAAGCAAGAUAUCGACGUCAUGGACAUCAUCAUGAGACGUGCGCCACCGACAUGUGUACCUCCCCAUACUCUACAGUAUGCUUAGCAUCUGUUUGCGCUUGUACACGCAAUCCCUCAUCAUGUCACUCAGACCACGAUUGUAGAACAGAACACUGCUCUUCACCCCAAUCACCGUUAUGUCACGAAUCAAAGUGUUACUGUGUCGAUACAACAACUCCAAUGCCAACAACAACAACAACAACAACUACACCAAAACCAACGACGACAACUAAGCCGACGACAACAACUAGUACACCGAAACCAACGACAACAACUACGACAACAACUACAGCAUCAAUAAACGUUGAUGUAAAUUUCAAUGAAUGGCAAGCUUGGGGACCAUGUACUGCUACAUGCCAGGGUUUGAGAAUCAGAAUUCGAAGCUGUCAAGCUGGUGUUACUUGUACUGGGGAAACAACACAAAUCCAGCCCUGUGGAGCACUUCACUGUCCAGUGGAUGGGACUUUGACCCCCUGGGGGAGCUGGACUCUCUGUACCGCCUCCUGUGGGGGCGGAACCCAGGUGAGAUCGCGGACAUGCAUCGCUCCUCAACAUGGCGGCAAAGACUGUGAUGGUCAUUUAUUUGAAGCAAACGUCUGCAAUCCUGAUUAUUGUCCAAGUACGUAAAUUUCAAAUGUGGGAGUUUGGCUAAAUAGAAGACGGCGAUGUUCCUGUUGAAACUAUAUUUUUUAAAACUUGAAACAUAUGGAUGGCAAAUAAAACAACCAGUAAAUUAUUUUAAC